AUGUCGGAGGUUGUUGAUGCAUACAUGUGGGAUGAGGGCUCCGAGCACUCGGCGUCUUUCUCGCCUGAUGGCAAGACUCUCAAUCAUGCAGACACCCCUUUAGCCCAAGUUUCACGGCCUGAGAGCUGGAACCUGUCUGUUCAAAAUGCGGCAAGGCCAGAUUUGGGGUUCCCAUUUAUUGCACAUUAUAUGAAGUCGAACUUGAAUGCGAUCUUUCAGUCAAUGUGCACUGAUAGUAUUGGAAGGGAUCCAGCGGGCCCUUUUGGCAAUUCAGACACAAUGAAUUCCUCGCCGAUAUUGGCAUUGAACGAGUCAGCUGAGCAAAUACAGGCCUUUCAUCACCUUGACCCGCAAAGCCUCUUGACAAUCCCUCCAGAAACAGGUGUCACUUGCGAAAAGCCCCCAUACCAGCCCAAGCGUGGUACUGUACAUGGGAAGGCUGUCGAUACCGGGGAUCUUUCAGUCGCAAGGCUACCCUCAAGCGUCAUGUUGAAAAGAUUCACGUCAACCCGGGAGCUCACUGGUGUUCGCAUUGCGGGAAAAGAUGUAAUCGGGCAGAUACUUUGGCACAGCAUCUUCGUGACUCUCAUCACCUGA